CGAAACAUGCGUGAUCUCUGAGCGCGUAGCGCAUUUGGAGACGCGUCGCCGGCACCAUGGUGGAGCACAGCGGCCUGGACAUCAUGUGUAUGAACAAAUACAGCCCCGGCUCCUCCACCGACACGGAGAAGAAACUUUUCACGCGGCUCAAGGUGAGUUUGACCAAGAGGUACCCGCAGAAGAACGCGGAGACGCUGAGCGCGCAGUACGGCGCCAACCUGCUGCUCAUCGGCGUGUCCGUGAUGCUCGCGGUCGCCCAGCACGGUCCCGUCGUCAGGGAGGAACACCUGCUCACCUUCAUCACGGUGCUGAUGCUCGUGCAGCUCGCGUGGAUGCUCUGCUACAUGAUCCGGAGGGAGCGCGAGCGCAGUCCGUUGCCGGAGAGGGACGCGCACGUAGGGACCAGCUGGAUACGAGGUGGACUGACGAUGCUGGCGUUACUCUCCCUGAUCAUGGACGCGUUCCGCAUCGGGUACUUUGUGGGCUAUCACUCGUGCAUCUCUGCGGUUCUGGGGGUCUAUCCCAUCAUCCACGCGCUCCACACCAUCUCUCAGGUUCAUUUUCUUUGGUUCCACAUCAAAGACGUCAUCAAGAAAUAUGAAACGUUUGAAAGGUUUGGGGUGAUUCACGCCGUGUUCACUAACCUGCUGCUCUGGUGUAAUGGAGUGAUGUCAGAGGCUGAACAUUUCCUCAACAAUCACAGGAGGAGAUUAACCGCACUGGGAUACGCAAACCACACCACAGUGGAGGAGGAGCCUCAAUGUAACUGCAGCACAAGCGUAUGCUCCAUGUUUUCCACCAGUCUCUACUAUCUGUACCCCUUCAACAUCGAGUAUCACAUCUUUGUGUCGGCGAUGUUGUUCGUCAUGUGGAAGAACAUCGGCCGGACACUGGACCACCACACCAACCACAAGCGGCCGUCCACACGCAGCUCUGGCCUUCUGCUCGGGCCGGUUCUGGGUCUGCUGGCUCUGGCCAGCUCCAUCACAGUACUGGUGGUGUAUCUCAUCCACGUGGAGAAGUCCAUGCAGACGCGCGAGGCGGCCGUUUCCAUGUUCUACUGCUACGGGGUGGUGAUGCUGGUGUGCAUGUGCGGGGCCAGCGGAACCGGACUCCUCAUAUACCGGAUGGAGGACUGGCCAAUGGACACCGGGCAGAACCCGUCCCGUGCGCUGGACUCGGAUCUGUUGCUGGGCUCGUCGCUGGGGUCAUGGCUGAUGUCGUGGUGCAGCGUGGUGGCUGUCGGAGCGAGUCAAAGUUCACCGAGCUACCGCUGGACGUGUCUGGCCUACUCUCUUCUGCUGGUUCUGGAGAAGUGUGUUCAGAACCUCUUCAUUGUGGAGUCGCUGUACCGCAGGCACACAGAUCCAGCCGGGGGUGAAGAAGGUUCCGGGUCGGUGCCUGAGAUCUUCUCUGUGGCCUCUUCGAUGGUUCCGCCAUACGACGGCAUUGUGAACCGGGCGUACGAGACGCAGGACAAGCGCUGCACUCCUCUCGAGAACGAGGCGCACGAGAACCGUCAGGUGUACAGCAGGAAGUGCUCUGGAGUUAGACUUCCUGUGGGAAACAGCCUAAACGUGACGCCCGGAAGAAAGAGACAGGUCCUGAAGAACAUCACCAUCUUUCUCUUCAUGUGCAACAUCUCGUUGUGGCUUCUCCCGGCGUUCGGCUGUCGGCCGCAGUACGACAAUCAUCUGGAGCAGGAGAUAUUCGGCUUCAGCGCGUGGAGCACCGUUCUGAACGUGGCCAUUCCUCUCAACCUCUUCUACCGCAUGCACUCUGUGGCGUCUCUCUUCGAGGUUUUCCGGAAGGUUUGAGCA